AUGACAUUGUUUCUCAGAUUCUACCCAUUGAGCACCACUUGGAAGCGGAAACAAAAACUUCAACUUUUCACGACCCUUUUGCACGCUUCGGAACCCCAUCCCCCUCACAUCAUCUCCACCAAUAUCUCCAUCGCUCACUGUGCAAAAAUCGGGAAACUUGAAGAAGCUCGCCACAUGUUCGAUGAAAUGCCGCUUAGAACUGUUUCCUCAUGGAACACCAUGAUUUCUGGCUACUCUCAAUGGGGGAAGUACACUGAAGCUUUGAAUCUUGUUUCCAUCAUGCACAGCUCUUGUGUUAAGUUCAAUGAGGUUUCUUUCUCUGCGGUUUUGAGUGCGUGCGCGCGUACUGGGUCUUUGUUUCUUGGAAAGCAGGUUCAUUCCGUCCUUUUGAAAUCUGGACAUGAGAGGUUUGGACUUGUGGGGAGUGCUUUGUUGUAUUUUUAUGUACAUUGCUGUGGAAUAGGAGAAGCUGAGCUGGUUUUUGAGGAGCUGUGUGAUGGAAAUCAUGUGUUGUGGAGUUUGAUGCUUGCGGGGUAUGUGCAGCGUGAUAUGAUGGGUGAUGCUAUGAAAAUAUUUGAAAAGAUGCCUGUUAGGGAUGUUGUGGCUUGGACUACGUUGAUAUCCGGGUAUGCGAAGAGGGAAGAUGGGUGUGAGAGGGCUUUGGAUUUGUUUGGGUGUAUGAGGAGGAGUUCUGAAGUGUUGCCUAAUGAGUUCACUUUGGAUUGUGUUAUAAGGAUUUGUGCUAGACUUAAGAUUCUGUGUGUAGGGAAGGUUGUUCAUGGACUUUGCAUUAAGGAUGGUUUUGAUUAUGAUAACUCAAUUGGUGGUGCACUUGCUGAAUUUUAUUGUGUUUGUGAUGCUGUAGAUGAUGCCAAGAGAGUUUAUGAAAGCAUAGCAGCAGAAGCUUCUUUGAACGUUGCUAACUCGUUGAUUGGUGGCCUUAUCUCAAUGGGGAGGGUCGAAGAAGCUGAGCAGAUCUUUUGUGGAUUGAGAGAGAAAAAUCUCAUCUCUAAUAAUUUGAUGAUUAAAGGUUAUGCGAUGAGUGGUGAGUUUGAAAAAUCGAAAAAAUUGUUUGAGAAAAUGAGUCUUAAACAUUUAACCUCCUUAAAUACCAUGAUAACUGCAUAUUCGAAAAACGGUGAACUUGAUGAAGCCGUGAAGCUUUUUGACAAAAUUAAAGGUGAAAGAAACUGUGUAACAUGGAAUUCGAUGAUGUCGGGUUACAUUCAUAAUGGUCAGCACAAUGAGGCUUUACAAUUAUAUGUGACUAUGUGCAGAUUAUCAGUCGGGUAUAGCAGAUCAACAUUCUCUGUCCUAUUUCGUGCUUGUGCAUGUCUAUGUUCUUUUCAACAAGGACAGGUACUUCACGCUCACUUAGCGAAAACACCGUACCAGGCGAAUGUUUACGUCGGGACCGCUCUUAUAGACUUUUAUUCCAAAUGCGGCCGCUUGGCUGAUGCUCAAAGGUCAUUCACCAGCAUUUUUUCACCAAAUGUAGCAGCAUGGACAGCUCUUAUAAAUGGUUAUGCAUAUCAUGGACAUGGAUCUGAGGCAAUUUUACUCUUCCGCUCAAUGUUAGUUCAAGGAGUUAUUCCAAACGCAGCUACUUUGGUCGCUGUUCUUUCUGCCUGUAGCCAUGCCGGUCUAGUUGACGAAGGUUUGGAAAUCUUCCACUCAAUGCAGAUAAGCUACAGAAUAACCCCAACAAUAGAACAUUACACAUGUGUGGUGGAUCUUCUUGGUCGGUCCGGCCAUGUGAAAGAAGCAGAAGAGUUUAUUACACAAAUGCCUAUCAAAGCAGACACUGUAAUUUGGGGAGCUUUGCUUAAUGCCUCGUGUUUUUGGAAUGACAUGGAAGUGGGAGAGAGAGCUGCUGAGAAGUUGUUCAGUUUGGAUCCAAAUUCGAUAUCUGCUUUUGUUAUUCUGUCUAACAUGUACGCCAGACAAGGUAGAUGGGGGAAAAAGACAAAAAUUAGGAGGAGAUUACAAAGUUUGGAAUUGAGAAAAGAUCAAGGGUGCAGCUGGAUUGAGCUGAACAACAAUAUUCAUCUGUUCUCUAUGUGCCCACUUGUAUAUUUUUAGUCAAGCCCAAAGUCUCCCAAAAGGAAUCAUGGGAGAGGUGGAUUCAGCUUUCAUUCAAAUUCCAGAAAACAGGCCAAAACUUUCCAUCAUCCAAGCUGAAGGAAUUCCUGUAAUCAAUCUCUCCCCAAUAAUCGACAACACAAUUCAAGACUCCUCUG